AUGUCGUCUGCUACGCACCUAACAGACUCUCUUACUGUCCUUAGAACGGAUGUGUUGAUCGUCGGCGGUGGCCCUGUGGGCUUGUUUACCGCCUAUCAACUAGGAAUGCUGGGAAUGAAUACUAUUCUUGUUGAAAGAAACCACUUCACGACCAAAUUUCCCAAGAUGGACCUCACUCACGAACGGACCAUGGAGAUAUAUAGAAAAGCUGGCCUUGCCUCCCUUUUGAGAUCAAGCGGUGUGCCUGUGACACACGGUUUUAACGAAAUCUAUGCAACAGGUCUAGGCGGUGACGGCUACCACAUGGCCCAGAUUGAGGGCCUUUCUCCAAAACAUAAAGAGAAAGAAGAAAACAAGUUAAACGAUGGCUCAGUCCCACUUGAGUUGCCGUUGAGACUCUCUGGAAUAGUGUACGAGCGCGUCCUGAAGUCUGCCGUCGAACGACUACCAAAUGUCUACGUAUACUGGGGCCACAAGUUUGAAGCACUCGAAGAGACCGAAGACUGUGUCUACUCUACUAUUGUAGAUCCCAGUGACAAACGAAUCGUCAUCAAAUCUCGGCCACUUAAUAUGCUAUUGAUUCACUUCAUAUCAAAUGAUGCCGCGAAGAUAUCGAAGCAUGGCGAGUUUUGGCACCUAUACAUAGGAAACGGAGCCGUCGUCAUAAACCAAGACGGCAAAAACACCUUUACAAUGCAGAUUCCUGUUACCCCCCGUAAUAAUUUUGAGGAAGGCGACAAUGUUGAGGAGUUUAUCAACAAGAAACUUGGGGGCUGGGGACAGCCUUCCGACAUCAAAGUAGAUGAAGUUUGUGUAAUUAGUCGAUGGGAAGCUGCUGUCGCUCUUGCGGACUCCUUUCGAUCGGCAAAUGGGAGAGUAUUUCUUUGCGGAGACUCUGCUCAUCGUUUGACGCCCGCUGGGGGUCACGGUCUGAACUCGGGUAUCAAUAACGUCUUCAAUCUGACCUGGAAGCUUGCUGCAAACGUACAUGGUUGGGGAGGAGAAACCCUCUUGGAAUCGUAUAGCAAGGAGCGCAGAUCUGCCGCGGAGCUAAACAUAGACAUGGUUCGGAAAGCGAUGGCGGAAAUUGUGAUUCCCCGAUUCGGCAGCAUCGAACGAGACGAACAAGAGAAACUCGUUGCCGAUUCAGAAGAAGGACGUGAGGCACGACGCUUAAUGGCGGAAAAGUUCAUGCUUGGAGACUGGCUUCACAAGCAGCUCGGCAUCACACUGGGCCAUCGGUAUAGAGACACUCCGGUUAUCAUCAGUGACACGUCCUCUGCGGAACCUCGUCAGUCUGUUGCUGAUUACAUUCCGAGCACCUGGCCUGGAGCUCGAGCACCUCACGUCGUUCUUAAUGAUGGACAGACGAGCAUUUUAGAUCUUUGUGGACCGAGUUUCACUAUUGUUGACUUUACAACAUCGGGUGAACAGGCAGACGAGUUUUGUGCUGCUGCAGAGGAGUUGCAAGUUCCUCUAAAAAGGCUUCAUCUUCCGGAUGAAACUCAUUGCAGAAUGAUAUGGGAGCGAGAUGUAGUUCUGGUGCGUCCUGAUUUGUUUGUUGCUUGGAGGUCUUCCAGCUGUGGAGUGACUGAAGAGAAGGUCAAGGCCGAAGAUAUUCUCUUGAAAGUGGUUGGGAAAGCAUAA